AUGGCUCCGGCAUUGCCGCUGCCUCGCGGCCUCCUCCCCGCAGCCAUCCUCGACCAGCUCCAUCGCCGCGACGCACCACCGCAGUCGCAACCGGGCACCCACGUCGCCGCCAUCGCAGAAAGGCUCGCCGCGCUAUCGAACUCGCUCUCGAGCCGGCUCCCGACCCGCACGAUCCUCGACAUCCCGUCGCGCGUCAUGGCCGCCCGCCGGGACACGACGACGGAGACUGUCCCGGGCCAGUACCACAACCUCAACAGCGGGCCCGACCCGGGCACCGUCGUCGGCAUCGUGCUGGGCUCCGUCGGCGGCUUCCUGCUGCUGCUGUGGCUCUUCUACACGUGCAUGAACUUCGGCGUGCCCCCGGACGCCGCCUCGGACAUCGGCACCGCCAGCGUGGUGACGCGCCGCAGCCGUAAGUCGCACCGGCACCACCACCACCGCGCGUCCGGCGGCCGCGAGACGGUCGAGAUCAGGCGCUCCUCGCGCGGGCCCGCCGUCAUCGUGGAGGAGGCGUCGCGCGACCGCGUCGUCGUCGAGGAGGUGCGCCGCUCGACCAGCAGGGCGCCGCCCGCGCCGCCGCCGCCGAGGGUCGUGCACAGUGACGACGACGAGGUUGUCGUGAUCGAGGAGCAUGAUCCGCCCAGACGGCACCGCAGCAAGGGCCACAGGCGGCACUCGAGUUCGCGGCGGGAGAGCGGCUACAGAGAUAUAGAUCCGGAUCGGUUCGCGGGAGGCGAUGCGCCGAUGAGAGACAUCCGGGGGUCGAGUAGGCACGGCAGGUGA